AUCUGCUAAUCAGAGAUUUUUAUGAUUCUUUUUCUGUUGUGUAGAGUUUUUUUGGAGUGAGUAUAGUCAUCAUAUACAAGAAGAUGUCAGAAGACAAAGAUGAAAUCACACGGCUAAACCCAGUAGCUCGAGCGAUACUCCAAGGUCUCUAUGACACUGAAAGUCCUUUGCAUAAAUUGCUUGGCCUGCAUUAUGUAUUGAAAGCCAUAUGGAACAAUGUGGUGGAUCACUGGAAAUCAAGAAUUAAGAAAACAGAUGAAAAUUCCCAUCCAGAAGAAGCCGACACAUCGUACGUGAGUUUUGUCAAACUCAGAACGCAAGGCGUACGAGCAUUUUUUCAAAAAGAUGUGGUCGUUGUGUUUCCAAAGCCUUCUAAAAUCAAUAUUAAUAUGAUGCCAUUUGUAAUGGGAAGAGAUUUCAGAGAAACAAGGCUUCCUAAAUAUUUGCGACACUACUGGGAUCAAAUAAUUAAACAUUGUAUAAUGGAUAGUGAAGUAGGUAAGAUAGGAUAUCUAACCAUCCAUGAAAGUUAUGUUGAUGAAGGAACCUCGCAAAGACGACCUGGCAUCCACACUGAAUCUCCAGGUGUUGUUAUGUUGAAAGAUAGUAAAGGAUGUGUGAUGAAUAGAUAUUUCGGAUGGGGUGGAGGAAACAGUUUCAAUUUCAAAGAGAUGGAAUUAGAAGGUGGUAUUUUCAUGGCUUCAAAUGUAGAAAAUUCUUGUAGAGUAUGGAAUUGCGAGAUCCUGCGUCCUGAAGUUGAUUCUCUUGAUGUUGUUGGUAAACAUGGUGAUAUUGAACAUCUGCGAGAGUUUUUACCUGCAGAUAGUGAAACGAUGACUGCAGGCCAUGUGUAUUGGAUCACAGAUCGAACACCUCAUGAAUCAUUGCCUCUAAAAAAAGGAAUAUAUAGGCAAUUUUUCAGGCUUGUCACAAGUCUAGUUGCUGCAUGGUUUGAAGAUCAUUCUACCAAGAAUCCAAAUGGUGUUGUUCCUGACCCGAAAUUAACAAAGAUCGUCAAAGGUUCAAAGUUUGAUGGAAUCUGUUGUGUGAUUGAACCAUAAAGAACUAGUCUGUUUUUUAAAUCUGGUAGCAACACUUGAAAAUGUUGAUAUUCAUUACGAUAUAUACAGUACAUUUGUGGACAAUAAAAUCAAAUUGAUCAGGUAUAGGAAGAACUUUUAAAACUAUACGUGAAACUGAAUAAAUUAUAGGCCGGUUGAAUAAUUUAGUAAUGCUGUCCUUGUACACUUGCUCUCAGUCUGUCUCUUAAAGGAUUUUAUGUUUGGGAGUUAUAAGGGGCGCCCGAAAAUGCGGGCACGAGGCGAGAAAAUUGGAAAGAGACAGAUUUUUGCACCAAAUUUAAAGGUUGGUCUUUCAACCUCAGCCUUGCAUGGGCAGUUUCCUGUGGCUCAUUCGGUGAUCUGGCUUGGGGAAGUGAUCAGAAAUCAUUGCGUCCUGUGUUUGUGUUCGUCUGAGGCUGUGAUCAGACAUCAGUCAAAUUGGCCCAUAAAUCGAAUAUAAAACACAGGCGCAGAUAAUGAGAUCUAUAUCUUCAAGGAUACUAUUGUGUAUGGAGCGACUAAAUGUGGUAUAGUGAAUGCACUUUUUGCGUCAACCUCGUACCCAGGAUCUUUCUUUGGGAAAGACCCUGGCUGCGGCUGGUCACGUGCCUCAUCAAAAAUUUAGCGCCUGAGGGGGUGUGGGGAAAGUAUCAAAUUACAUAAACAUGCUUCCAGUGGAAUAUUCGUUAAAAACAUAAAUUUUGCGAAUUAUUAUGUUCAAAAUACUUGCUAAUUUUUGUUUAUUUUCUUUGCUUUGAAUUUACAAGAACAUUCUUACAUUCUUACUUACAGUCAAGUCAAGAAACAAAGCAAAUCGUUACUCGCAGUACGUGCUCUCUCGUGUUGUUAUUCAAUGC